AGCUCCAGCAUUUGCCGCAGAUUUAAUAGUUUACUUCGGUUUGCUUUCAAGGUCUUUUUCCUACCUCCAGUUUCGAAACGAGAAAAGCCAGAGGUCUUCAACGAAGGUGGUGUUUCUUCAAGAAGAAAAGAACAACAUAGCGUUUCCUGUUUUUCUUCUGCGGGCUUCAUUUGGAGUCGCCAGUUCAUAGCAAAAAAGACUGUACCUAAAAAGCCUUUCUCAUCACAGUCUGUGCACUUGUACCUCCCCAAUCUCGCGAACAAGAAAGGGAAGACUAAUUGCGAACGUAGGACGUCACACAAAGCUAUAUUUCCUCUUUCAGACUCACAGCGCCGUUAUACCCGACAACAAUGAGCACGUUUGAGAAGGUCAAGGAGGAGAAGCUGGAGUUCGAGAAGAACAGCGACCAGUACAUUUACGAGAAAGCCCUCCUCACCUUCAAGGGUGUCGACGGCUUCGAUGUGUACAACUGCUCUGUCCCCUUCAAGUACAAGGGCACGACACACAUCUUUGGCCGCGUCGAGAAGCGCUCCGAGUGGGCUAACUCCUUCGUACGCCUAUUCGUGGAGACCGGCAAGGAUGAGUUUACGCUGGUACCUGGAGAGUUCAUCUUCCAGCUGGAGGACCCGUACAUCUCCAACAUCGAUAAUGAGAUGAUUCUCGGCGGGACCCACAUUCGCAAGACUAACAACCGUGUCUUCACGUACUACUGCGACUUUUUCCGUGGCAGUGCUGAGAAGAUGAGCUAUUUUACGACGGGCCCGGACAACAUGAAGGAUAUCCGCCUCAUCAAGCUUGCCAACAACAAAGUCGGUGUCUUUUCUCGCCCCAAGACGGCGGCGCACUCCUCGAUCGGCUUCACUGUGAUCAACAACGUUGAUGAGUUGACCGCGACGGUGGUGGAGGAGGCGCUGCCGCUGAACGUCAUUCACACCGGUGCGUGGGGUGGCGUUAAUCAGGCUUACCUGCUGAGCUCGGACAAGAUAGGAUGCAUCGGUCACUACAGUUAUCUGGACCUUGACGAGGAUGGCAAGCAAAUCACGGUGUACACAAACUACGCCUUCGUCCUCGACCCCUACUCCCGUGAAGUGGAGGAUGGGCGCAUCAUUGGCACGAAAGGCUGCUACCCUAAGUGUCCUCCCAAGGUCGAGAAGCUUCUUGAUUGCGCUUUCACGUCCGGCGUCGUUAUGCGACCCGAUGGCAAGUGCGACCUCUACAGCGGUCUGGGCGACGCGCACGAAGGACGCAUCACCAUCGACUACCCGUUCGAGGGCCACGGAACCAUCAUCGAUGAUCUGCAUUUUUAA